AUGUCAGCGACUAUGCAAAAGGAAGAGUUUGAAAGUAAGUGGCGUCAAGUAAGAGCAUGCGCCAGGUGCCAUAGGCUCAAGAUGAGAUGCUCCUAUUCUGACCCCACUGUGAAAGCGUGCAAAAGAUGCUUUUCAAUUGGUGUUGAAUGUUCCCCGGAUGAAGAUCCAACUGCUCAGUUUGCAAGGAAGAAAAGAAAACUGCGGGCAGCAACGACUAAAAGUACAACGCCUGUUGCUGGUGUGACAACUUCCAUUGGUUCAGAGGCUUCUGGACCCACGAGUGUUACGGCUGACUCUCCACCUGGUACUUUAAUGAAACACUUGAAGACUUUGGUGGACUCAGUUCAUGAAACCUUAGCAUUGUUCGAAGGCUCAAAACGAGUACCUGAUGAUGUACCCGAGAGUUUACAGAAUUUGCAAAUCUUAAAGCAAAAUAUACUAUCUGCAUACCUGAAGGUUAGUACUUUGGUUAGCACUACGGCCACUAACUCCUCCACUACCGUGGAGAGUGGUUCCUCCAUAGAAUUCUUGAAAUACCCUCAGAUUCCAUAUAGUCACAAUAUUGCCAAGGAACUCAUCUACACACACAAACGUGUAUCGUUGGAUGAGUGUAAGAAAAGAUUUGAGUUCUUUAUGAAUGAAAUGCUCCCUUACUACCCGGUAAUUUCUUUUACAAAAAGACUGCGCAACUUCCAGUACUUGCUAGACAAGUUUCCACUUUUGCUUCUUUCAUGUAUAUCGGUAACUACAAUCCACCAUAAUGGAUUUCUGUCCACUCCUGUGGACAAUAGAAACUUACAGGUGUUGUUAAAUUACUACUUGGAAAGAUUUUUGUCUCAUAGAAUCUAUAUACAAGCUGAUGGGUUUACCAUUCAAUUGAUUCAGAUUUGUAUUAUCCUCUCGGUCUGGAGCCCACCUCCAAAUAAGUUAGGUCACUUUAAGAAUCUGGUAAACUUGCUAUUAAGCUUGAAUGUCUCCUUAUGUAUUGGCCUCGGCGAUGAGACUGCCAAGACAUAUCCACCUGGAUCUUCAGUUGCUGAUGACAAUUCUGAAGAGCGUAACGAUUUAAGAACUUUCUUGAGUGUAUACUGCAACUGUGGGUCAUUGGGAUUAUCUCUAUACAGAUUUAAGUUGGUAAACUGGUCUCAUAAUCAUGAUUUGGCUAUAAAUAAAUUAGAACAACAUCCCAAGAGCUUGUCUAGAGGUGACAAAUAUCUUAUCUGCUAUGCUAAGGCAAUUAAAUUAAGUCAAGAAAUUUAUCAAGUGUUGUCGAUUGAUAGUGGGAAACAAACCUCACAAACAAUGUCUACUAAAAAUGAAAGCAAGGCGUCUACCUCUCAAAAUUUGACAAUCAGUUUGAUUGGAGGGGAUCCAUCUAUCUUACCAGUUGACAAGCUCACAUUUCUUGCUCAGAACUAUGAAAUCCAAUUCUUUAAUUUACUCAAAGAUAGUGGAUUCAUAGAGUCAGGUUGUCGUGAGGCAAGUUUAUUUGCUAUAUUAUAUUAUCAAGUUUCAUUGGCUAUGUAUGAUAAACUUUUACAUAUACAUUUACAUGAAAAACACCUAAAACAUCCACUGCUGUUGCAACAACCCGAAGAAUACUACAUCACUUAUAUCAAUUUAAUAAGUAAGGUGGUCACAUUGUGUGAAAACAUUUUAAAUUCCUACAUCGAAUUAAAUGAAAAGGAAACUGUCAACUACCCAACAUUUGUAUAUUAUAGACCAAUGCAUUCCUUAGUCUUAUUAAUUAGGUUGAAACUAUUAUCUAAGUCCCAAGCAUCAAAUAUUCCAAACCAAUCUUCCAUAAAGAUUAAUGUUGAAUUCUAUUUUGAAAAGAUAUCUACCAUCAUUUCAAAUAAUCAAAAGAUGUACAAUCUGGGAAUUUGUCAAGCAAUGAAUGAAAUUUUAACCAAGAUUCAGAAAUGGAUAAAGGUCUCCGAAGAGUAUAUAAGCUCACCGUUACCUGCUGGACCUGAAGCUAAUAACCUUAAGGCAACUAGAAGUAGCUUGUUGAUAAACUUGAUGGAAAGAAGCAAACACCAAGAGAUUGAAUCUUUAGAGAUACCACACGAGAUGACAAAUGAUAAUAAUGUGGAUCUGGAAAGCAAAACAAAAAGAAGGAAGAAAUCUGAUGAAAGUAAACCGCUCACUACUGAAACAAUACCGACUCGAGCAGUUUUAAAUCCGAAUGAGAAUAUACCUUCUGUCCCUAUUGCUCUCACAGGUCCAGAUUUGGACUUGGGUUUAGGAUCAGGCACGGGCUCUUCUUUAGGAACAGGAGUUGGUACCUCUUCUGUGCGAACAAAUCAAGCACAAGUAUCACCUUCAGCUCCCGCUCAUUCAAUUCAAGAAAUAUUUCAAGAAAUUGAUACAGACAUUAUGAACUAUUUAAACCUUCUUGAAUCCAAUAGUAAUUCGCGAACAGGGGAUAUUUUCAAUUCAAUUAAUACCCCAUUCUUCGAGAACAAUUCAACCGAUCCCUUACCACUUAACCCAGACUCUUACUUUGCAAACUUUUUCUCAAAUACUGAUGAAAAUACUAAUGAUAGUGCCAAUGGCAGUUUGAAUGCUACAAACGAGAAAAGUUUUGAAAAUUUCCCAUUUUGA